AUGAGUAGCGCUUCCUCAACUGUGUCCAAGGCCGAUGUGCCUCCUUGGCCACCGCAUUCUCAUCCGCGCAGCUGUACAACCUGCCGGCAUCGGAAGGUAAAAUGCGACCGCAAACAACCGUGUGCCAUAUGCGUUCGCGCAGGGAUCCAAUGUGUCUAUCCACCCGGGCCUGGGAGAGCUCCCAAGCGGCUCUGGACUGCGCUGGAUGCGCGACUGCUCGAUCGGCUGUCGCGGUUGGAGACGAUGAUCAGGCAUCUGGAACGACAAGAAGGUCAGAGGAUGAAGGGUACUACUGCUACAUCCUCUGAAUUGAAUCAGCAGCUACAGAUGCCGGACGACCACGAUCAAGAUUCCGAAUCACUCUCGUCUCUGAGCACAAAUACACGUAUCGAACGGCAUCCAGGCCGUCUUCUGAUUGAUGAAACACGAAGUUGCUAUAUUAGCAAUUCUCUCUUGGCGAGUAUGGGUGAUGAGAUUGAAGAGAUGCGUGAUCUACUCUUCUAUGAACCACCACUGGAGACGGAUAGCGAUACGUUUCUGGACGAGUCAGCCCCCGAAGAAGCCAUGCCAUUCGAUGCCAAUGCGGCCAUCAUGGGCUUUCGGGCAGUCUGUCGCUCGCUCCGUGAAUACCACCCGCCUCUGUCGCAGUCGGUGGCACUCCUUGAAGUAUUCAAGGAGAAUGUCGCUCCAGUGGUGCUGAUCUUCCACAUUCCCACCCUGGUGAGUAUCUACUGGGAUGCCAUUGCCUCGUUGGAUUCUUUGGACAAGGAUACAGAGGCCCUUCUAUUUGCUGUUUACUACUCUGCCGUGAUAAGCAUGGACUCCGAGCAGUGCUUCAGCGUCCUUGGAGUAUCCCGCAAACGUGCCCUGGUGACUUAUCAUUUUGCUGUCCAGCAAGCCAUGGCCCGCGCUGAUCUGCUGAAUACGCAAAGCAUGGCCUUGCUCCAGGCUAUGGUCAUCUUUCUCACGGCUUUCCGAAACGAAGAUGAAUCUCGAACUGUGUGGUCGCUGACUGCAUUGGUUUUCCACAUCGCGCAGGCCAUGGGUCUCCACCGUGACGGUACUGAAUUCGGUUUGACGCCGCUAGGGACAGAGCUUCGUCGGCGUCUCUGGUGGCAUAUCUGCUUCCUGGAUAAUCGAUCCAGCAUAUACCAUGGCUGCGAGCCUAUCGUGAACAGGUCCUCCUUUAAUACUAAAUUUCUCCUGAAUAUCAACGACAGUGACCUGACCCGCGACAUGACGGAGCCUCCUCCGGAACGGGAGGGUGCAACAGAGAUGACAUUCUGUCUGAUUCGAUGUGAGAUCCUGUUUGCUCACUGGAAGAUUUGUUAUGUGCCGCCGAAUGUGAGAUGCCCGAGGCAACGACCUAAUAGCAUGUCACUGCCUGAGCGCGAGGCGUUGGUUCAGGAGCUUAAACAGCGACUUGAGGACCGUUAUUUGAAACACUGUGAUGACUCGAUUCCUAUCUUGUUCGCCUGUUUAACCACGGCGCGCUUAUCCUUGCGAAAACAUGGCUUGUCCUGUACUAUCCCCUGA